CAUGGCGGCGGUGGCUGCCGCCUCCUCGGUGUGGGGCGCGGGAGGUGGCGGCGGGAGCGGCAGGAGGAAGGCGCCGCACGACCCCUGAGGGAGACACGGGCCCGGCUCGUCCUGGCCCGCGCCGCGCCGCCAUGUCCUUCUUCAAGCGGAGAGUGAAAAACAAAGAGCAUGAAAAAGCAACAGAAGCAAAGGCAAUUAAAGCAGCUGCAAUACCUGUACAUUCCCCACAGAGAAGCACCAGAAACAGUGCGUUGCUGGAGGCUGCCGGACCAAGCCAUGUGGCUAUCAACGCCAUCUCAGCCAAUAUGGAUUCCUCCAGCAGCCGCACAGCAGCUCUUAAGAAGCAGCCCAGCCACAUGGAGGCUGCUCACUUCGGGGACCUUGGCCGAUCCUGUCUGGAUUAUCGGGCUCAAGAGACCAAAUCCAGCCUUUCAAAGACAUUAGAGCAAGUCCUUCGGGACAGUGUCGCCCUUCCAUAUUUUAUCCAGUUUAUGGAACUGCGUCGAAUGGAACAUCUGGUCCGAUUCUGGCUGGAGGCUGAGAGUUUCCACUCUACCACAUGGUCCCGCAUAAGAGCACACAGCCUGAACACUGUCAAACACAGCUCACUGGCAGAGCCGGUUUCCCCUUCUGUCCAACAGCACGAAAAUGUAGUGUCUUCUCCCUCUGAUUUGUUUAAUGAACAACUGGAGGAUCCUGGCCCAGCUCAGCAUUUCUCUAUCACACCCUCAGCUACUGAACUGAAUGGCCGAACUUGCAACCUUCAGAACCGUUUGCUGCUUUGCCCAGGUGGCAGCAAACCUCGGCUCAGGUUUGGAACGUCUGAGGCAGACGACUGUUCCAUUCCGAAUGAAUCUCAAGACUCUUCCAAAGCCUCCAUGCCCAACAGAAACAGCCCCUCCUUUUCACUCAAGGACUUGUCAGGAAAACUCAUGAAAGGUAUAGAACAGGACGCAGUUACUAUUUUUACCAAAUAUAUUUCUCCAGAUGCUGCUAAACCAAUACCAAUUACAGAGUUGAUGAGGAAUGACAUCGUGGCAAAGAUUUGUGGGGAAGACGGACAAGUGGACCCCAACUGUUUUGUUAUGGCACAGUCGAUAGUGUUUAAUGCUAUGGAACAAGAGCACUUUAGUGAAUUUCUACGCAGCCACCAUUUCUGUAAAUACCAAAUCGAGGUGCUGACCAGUGGAACCGUUUAUCUGGCUGAUAUUCUCUUUUGUGAAUCUGCGCUGUUCUACUUCUCGGAGUACAUGGAGAAAGAAGAUGCUGUUAAUAUUUUACAGUUUUGGUUGGCAGCAGAUAACUUCCAGUCUCAGCUGGCUGCCAAGAAGGGCCAGUAUGAUGGGCAGGAGGCCCAGAACGAUGCUAUGAUUUUGUAUGAUAAGUACUUCUCUCUCCAAGCCACCCACCCUCUUGGUUUUGAUGACUCCGUACGACUGGAAAUCGAGUCCAAUAUCUGCAGGGAGGGAGGACCUCUCCCCAACUGUUUCACCACUCCUUUGCGGCAAGCCUGGACCACGAUGGAGAAGGUGUUCCUGCCUGGCUUCCUGUCCAGCAACCUUUAUUACAAAUACUUGAAUGACCUCAUCCAUUCAGUCCGAGGAGACGAGUUUGCAAGCGGAGGAGUUGCACUGACAGCUCACGGCGCUGGCUGCGCUCCCGACAGUGACUCUCACUCCAGCACCACAGACGGCCCUUCCGCUUCCCAGCCCAGUCUCAAAAUGGCUAAUAUAAAAAUCCUGAAAAACUUUGACGAAGCAAUAAUUGUCGAUGCAGCCAGCCUGGAUCCAGAGUCUUUGUAUCAACGGACGUAUGCCGGGAAGAUGUCGUUCGGGCGAGUCAGCGACCUGGGACAGUUCAUCAGAGAGUCUGAACCGGAGCCUGACGUCAAGAAGUCCAAAGGCUCCAUGUUUUCACAAGCAAUGAAGAAAUGGGUGCAAGGAAACACAGAUGAGGCCCAGGAAGAGAUGGCCUGGAGAAUAGCCAAGAUGAUCGUCAACGAUGUCAUGCAGCAGGGCCAGCCCAGCCAGGCUUUAGAACAAGUUACCAAGCUAUGAUCUUCAAAAUUCCCAAGCGAGAGGGAAAUUUCUGCCUCCAAAGAGGUGGACUUGUGUUUCUCACCUGCCUCCUCCUCGCUCCAGUUGGUCAACUCUUCUUUUUCCACUACCAAUGGAAACCAAGCACUGUCAACUUGGAACUGCUGAUGCAACCCCCACCCCCCACCCCCUUUAGAAGGAAUAUUGUAGGGAGGGGAGCCUAGAUCUUCUCUCUUUAAGCGCAAGUUUACUUUGUUCCCCUCCCACAUGUAUGCAGCGUUUCCCCCAAAUGAAGAAACAUGUCACUGGCCAAACAGACCCCUGGCUCCAUCUGUGAAGGAUGAUUCAUGACUUUUAAAAAGUUGGACCAGACACUUAGUCUCCAUUGGGGGUCAGAGGGUUUUUUCUUUCCCCAUAGGUUCCUAGCCAUGACCUUCAUUUUUUAGAAAAUUUGCAGCCAGAAGGGCACAGGGCACCUUAAUCCGUUGGGGAGAGUGGAGCAGUUAGCAGUGCGUGGUCUUAAAAAUCCUGGAACUGUUGAGUCUCUCCUUACUACUUGAAGUGUUCAGAACUCUCGUGCAUACUGGACUUUCACAGCUUGGCGUUGGUCUCAAAAGGAGUUGGUUGCAAGUGGCUGGCAAUUAGCCUAAUUUCUGCCCAUAUUCAGCUCUUUCCUGGCUUCUGAAACAUUCACUUCCCCACCGAACUUAUCCUGCAAUGGGCAGAUGCCGCAAGGGCUGGAACGCAGGCAGGAAGAAGUUGCCUUCCGUGUCUCUCACCUGACUGGCUCCCCUUGAACAGAAACGGUACCUGUUCCUGGCUGUGUUUUUUUAAAUUGCCAUUUUUAAAGCCUUGAGCCACCACCUUCCAUAGAAUUACUUGCAAACUUUUGGGACUGACAGCUACUUUCACCCUACUUGAAGCAGCACUUCCACUUUUCUAGCCCCUGCAUUGGGCAGGUAAUUUACUGGAGUAUCCAAAGCACUCCAGGUGGGAAUCCACUCCAUGUUUUCUCUCUUGCGCCUUCAUUUCUAUUUCAAACAUUUUUUUUUCUGUUUGGAGGAUUUUUUAAAUGCCUGUUUGCGUUUGUUGUUUUUUGGGUUUUUUUUGAAGACUUGUGCAAAAAAAAAGUUUGAAUAAAACCACCCCCACCGCACCCCAAAGCACCUGUAGAACUGCUCUUGAUUGCUCUCCGACAUUUCAAAAGUCUCGAGGGAUGAAGCAGCCGCCUGCCCUGUGGCAAUAUUGGAUCCUAGCAAGGCACUCUGCAUCGGUUUGCCAGAAGCAAAGAGCUGGGUAUCAGUUUUUGGUACUGUGUACCGCCACCUUAUUGUCUCAUGCCCAAGUAUUCAUGUACUUAAAACCAUAUUUAAUUGUGUUUUGAUUGAAAAAG